UGUUUUCGACUUUAAUUUUGAGCGCAUUCUACGACGCACGAAAAACAAAUAAAUGUAAUUAAAUGGAGAAUGCAUUUAUUAAACGGCGCUCUUUGACGCUUAGCACUCGUCUGCUGCAGAAACGCCACAGUGCUUCGCCACAGAGCUGCGGGCGCCCAGGAAGCGGACACGAUGUGAGCGUCUCCCAGGAGACUCCUGGCUCGCCCAACGCCUCCUCAAUGGUGGGCAGCACUUCCGAUGUCGAAUGCACCCCGCCGCACAAGCACAAUCCCAGCCUGGACGACAGCGUGGACUUCUCGCCCCGCCUGGACAUCAGCCUAUCGCCCAACUGCCUCUUCUCGCAGACGCUGGCCACCGAAAGUCCGGAGGUGGGAUGGCGCUGGAACCGGAGCAGCAACGCCACCACGGACAGCGGAUUCGAUUCCGCGGAAAUGGGCAGUCUGAGCCAGCGCGAGCGGCGGCGCCAGAUCGCCUUCAAGGGCUGCGAGGAUCGACGCAGCCAACUGGACAAUGAGCAGUGGCGGGCGCAGCAGAUGCGGGCCAAUGUGCUUCUCAAGGAGCGCUGCGCCAGGCUCAACAGCCAGAUGGACCAGGUAGCAGUGUCGGAGGCAGUCCCAGUCCCACUCCAAACCCCCAAGAUCCCGCCAACUUUAUCUGCUCGCACAAGAUCAGCCUGCAAGCGGGCUUCUCCAAUUCCAGAGCCAGUGCCUCCUCCUCCUCCAGCUGCCGCCGAUCCCAUGGCAGACUUCCUGAACGACUCGGAGACGGAUCUCUUCCUCCUCGAGGCGUCCCAGCAGCUGGAGUCCAAGAUAGAACCCCCAGAUGCGUCGAAGCCAAGCACAAGCACCACACCAACCAGCCACCACAAGACGAAGCGACCCUCGUUCUACAUGAAGUUUCUGGAGGACGAGAGCGAGAGCGAGGACUGGCUAACCGCCCUGGAGGAGGCAGUGCAGCAGGCCACGAUGCCCAAGAAGCCGCGCACCUCGCUGCAGCGCUACAAAUCCAUGCCCACCACUGCGAGCUCCUCGAGCGGAGUGUCCACCCUCACCAAUGUGAUGGCCGGCAACGGACCGGACACCAUUACAAGUGCCUCCUCCUCCUCGUCCAGAUCCGAACUGAAGAGUACUCCGCGCAUCAAGCGCCAUGCCAGCUCACAUGCCCUGUCUCCAGCCACAUCGCAUGCGCGCGGCAGUCGGAAAUGAUGCCCGAUAAAGUAUAAACAAGAACCCCAAACAUCAGCUUCCCCUCAGCGAGUACCGAUUGUGAUGAGCAAAGUAAGAUUUAAGCAUUUUCGUUUUGUUUCGCUCGGCUUGCGUUAGUCGUUUCCUUGACCAUUUUGCAUUAAUGCCUGUAUACGAGUACGCUAAUUGAUUCAUACGGCUCUUAAGCGUCUUUGUAAAUGUAAACUUAAGGCUAAUUAAAAAUUAAUUGUAAUUUAAAGCAGGUCCCUCAAUUGUCGCGUCGAAUGUUUGUGCGCGACGGUUCGGCGCAUGCGACCCGCCAUAUGCUCGGCAUUAUCGGGCUGGCGAUGCGCCGCCCACCACAAGCACAGGUGCCACGGACAGACAGGUGGAUGCGACUGGUCACCGACAUCCAGCGAGCUGUUUUCGGUCCCCGGUUGAGCUUUCAUUCACCGAUAGGGCACGCGUUGAGUGCGAGAGUGUUUUAAUUUAAUUGAAAAGUAGGCGAAGGUUUUCUUGUUAAAUAUUCCUCAGUGGCUAUACAUAUGGGUCAGAUCGAAUUCACCUCCGCUUUAAGUUUUUUGAAAGACAGCUUGCUAACUCUAUUAAAUUAGUAUUUAAUUGUGUAAGUACGUGCAUCAGUCAGCGGUAUAGAAUCAAGAUCAUAGGAACAAAGCUCAAAGGCUCUGCCUACUAAAGUAUCAAUAUAUAUUUAUAUAACAAAAAAAGGCAGAAUUUAUAUGUUUGCAUAGGGAAUAUAUAUAUUGCACAGCAGUGAAAAAAGUAUCUUUUAGUCGGGACACUCAUCUUAAGCGAUCUUUCUCAUUUCGCUUUUUUUCCAGAGUUGCUUAAGGAAUUAAUCAAACUAUCAUUAAAUUGAGAAUUUAAAUUGGUAAAAUAAUGGAACCCUUCUCCAAGUAUUGAUAUGACAUAAGCCUAAAAAUAAAUGCUACACUUCAACAGGAAAUUAAACGCAAAUUUUCAAUUGCAACUAGCUAGUGUCUUAUUUUACAUUUUAAUGACCAUAUUUUAUUAAUAUUAUCAUAUACAUUUACAUAAUUUCCAUUAGGAUUAUUCAAAGCAUCUUGAUGUUUAAGUUACUUUUACAUGAAAUACUAAACCAAUAAAUACUUCACUUGAUUUUA